CCCGCCGCGCGCACCGCCGGCCGCCAGCCAUGUCGUCCAUCCUGCCCUUCACGCCGCCGAUCGUGAAGCGCCUGCUGGGGUGGAAGAAGGGCGAGCAGAACGGGCAGGAGGAGAAGUGGUGCGAGAAGGCGGUCAAGAGCCUGGUGAAGAAGCUCAAGAAGACGGGCCAACUGGACGAGCUGGAGAAGGCCAUCACCACGCAGAGCGCCGGCACCAAGUGCAUCACCAUCCCCAGGUCCCUGGAUGGCCGGCUGCAGGUGUCCCACCGGAAGGGACUCCCACACGUCAUCUACUGCCGCCUGUGGCGAUGGCCCGACCUGCACAGCCACCACGAGCUGCGGGCCAUGGAGCUGUGCGAGUUUGCCUUCAACAUGAAGAAGGACGAGGUGUGCGUGAACCCCUACCACUACCAGAGGGUGGAGACACCAGUUCUACCUCCUGUGCUGGUGCCUCGCCACACAGAGAUUCCGGCCGAAUUCCCCCCGCUGGAAGACUACAGCCAUUCCAUCCCUGAGAAUACCAACUUUCCCGCAGGCAUCGAGCCCCAGAGCAAUAUUCCAGAAAUGGGCACACAGAUGGCAGAACCAGGGUUGACCCCACCCCCCGGCUACCUGAGUGAGGAUGGAGAGACCAGUGACCACCAGAUGACCCACAGCAUGGAUGCAGGUUCUCCAAACCUCUCCCCGAACCCGAUGUCCCCAGCACACAACAACCUGGACCUGCAGCCUGUCACCUACUGUGAACCAGCCUUCUGGUGCUCCAUCUCCUACUACGAGCUGAACCAGCGUGUGGGCGAGACCUUCCACGCCUCACAGCCUUCCAUGACGGUGGACGGCUUCACUGACCCCUCCAACUCUGAGCGCUUCUGCCUAGGGCUGCUCUCCAAUGUUAACCGGAAUGCGGCCGUGGAGCUCACACGCAGGCACAUCGGGCGUGGUGUGCGGCUCUACUACAUUGGAGGAGAGGUCUUCGCUGAGUGCCUCAGUGACAGCGCCAUCUUCGUUCAGUCCCCCAACUGCAAUCAGCGCUACGGCUGGCACCCAGCCACUGUCUGCAAGAUCCCACCAGGGUGCAAUCUGAAGAUCUUCAACAACCAGGAGUUCGCUGCGCUCCUGGCUCAGUCCGUCAACCAGGGCUUUGAGGCUGUGUACCAGCUGACUCGGAUGUGCACCAUUCGCAUGAGCUUCGUGAAGGGCUGGGGUGCCGAGUACAGGAGACAGACCGUGACCAGCACCCCCUGCUGGAUCGAGCUGCACCUGAAUGGGCCUCUGCAGUGGCUUGACAAGGUCCUUACCCAGAUGGGCUCCCCGAGCAUCCGCUGUUCCAGUGUGUCCUAGAGACAUUGGGCGUGGAGGGGCGGGGGGGGGCUUAUGGAAGAUGGUGUGGGGGAGGCGGGGAGAGCUGAGCUCCACUCAGCGUUGUUGUCAAGGAAGAAGAUAGCAUUCUCCCUCAGUGAAAGGGGCGCCAGCCUGCUUCCAAGACACUGAAGUCCAGAGGGGGUUGCUGCACACAGCUGUAUCUGCUGACAUGAGCCCUCAGCCCCCGGCUCUGUGGUUCUGUGGCUCGAGCACACAGAGCAGGUGGCGUUUCACCAUCUGCCCCUUCCCCACCUCCUUCUCUAAUGACAGCAAUCUGGAAUGUCACAGGCCAGCCGGAAGCACCCUCUGUCCAGGCCCGGAGCAUGGCAAUUGCCUGGAAGGGUGUUCCAGGCAGGAAUAGCCCACGGGGCCAGGGUAGACCUCACACCAGCUCUCGGCACUGUGACAAACGCCUCUUUCUCUGAGUGUCCAGCCAAGCCCUACCCCCUCCGGCAGACCCUGCACCUGGUGGACAGAAUGCCCUGUCUCCCCUCUCAGAACCCCGACUGGCAUGAGCAUGUUUGGUGGACACGCAUGUGGGAUGGCUGGGAGGUGGUUAGACGCCCCCUCUUCCUGGAAGUUCCCUCAGACUGUUCUUCUCACUUGGCAAAGCAGGAGGAUCUCGAGGCUCUGCAGCACACAGUGUUGGGUUCUAGGAUCUGCUGGUCUCAGAGUGACCCAAGGACGGUGUCUGCUGUCGCGCGGCAGGCGGCCCAGGCACAGUGGCAUCACGUCUCUCACUCCAGGUGAAGAAAGCGCUUACUCCAGCAUCCUGGAGUCUGAGGCAGAUGGCUCACUAAUUGUAUCAACUUUAUUGUAUGCGCCUGUAAAUGUUUCUUUUGUAUUUAAAAAAAAACCCUUGGGCUAGCAUGCUGACUGGGAAAGUGGAGAGAGACCCAGGAUGGCAUCCUGCCCUGUCUCCCAAGGGGACGUUCUCCUGGGUGAGGUGACACCUGCUAGCACUCUUGGAUGCUGAAGUGUGCAGGCACAAACUCACCAGAAGGGAAAAGUCUCAGGCCAACAUGGGAUUUUUCUGUACCUCUGAACACUGCAGGCUUGGUGCAGAGGUCUGCCAUCCCCCCAGGACAUAAGAUGGUCUCACUCACAUGAAGGCUCUUCCAUGACAGCCAGAGCAGUGGUCUUGUGUGAUAAGUCCUGCUCCCAGUGGCAAUUAGGGAGAAAACUAGCGUAAGUUAUUUCAACCAGAAACAAGAAGAAAGAGCCCCCUUCUUUCACAGGCCUCGUGUGGAGCAGAGAGCAGCAGAUGGAAUGGCCACCGCCUCGGUACUUUGUUCUUUGCUGCUGUUUUUGAAUGAAAUGACUCAGCCCACAUUUUGCAUGGAUUCUUACCAGGAAAAACAAAGGGAUUUCCUAUGGAAGUCCCAUCUUACUGCAGGUGAAGGGAAGAAAGCAUAUACUUUGGGCAGGUCAUAGAUAUCACAUGUGAUGGGAUUUCUGAGGUUGUAGGAAGAUGCAGGGACUUACAGGGAGUUUGGACCUCUGAAGCUCUACCUGAGGUUUCCAGGUGGGAGAGCCACUGAGACCUUCAGAGGACACAGGCAGAGACCAAGGAGUGCCCUGCCAGACCCCUCCUAGACUUCUGAGUCUUCCCAAGGGCUGCUGCCAUGGCCCGGGUCAACACAACACCUCUGUGAGGCCACAUGCUGCGAGUCUGAAGGAUGAGGCUGGCACAAGGCUGUGGGCCGCUUCCUACCCAGAUGCCCUCUGCCCCCGUGUGCACGUUCAGCUCCAGCUGGUGCAGAGACCCAGGGCUCCAGGACUGUGCGGGCUUCUGCAGUGGUGGUCGUGGUCCCCCCCACCGAAAGCCAGUGGUUCCAGGGCCCUACAUUCACCUGUGAACCCAUAGGAGCUCCUGUGGCACCUGGCUGCCCUCUAGGCACGUGGACCAGUUUCUGGGGCAGCUGGGUUCCCAGGGUCCGGAGAUCUAAGGAAGUCCUGUCUCAUUCCUGGGGAAGGGGAAGAGUGUCUACUUCCUCAGGUUGUAAGCCUAAGUGUGAUGGGCUGCACGCCUGAUAGUAUCUGGAUGGUGUCUUGGAAGCCCUGGCGCUCAGCCCUGAAGGCUGCUUCUUGGAGGCGGAGCUUGAAUUUGUUUCCACAGCUCGCUUGUUAUAGACUGGUGACUUAAGGAGGACAUGCGAGGAGACUGGGAAGUCUGCCAUGGCAUCCCCCAAGGGCAAUGUGGUCCUACCUGAGGGCCUGGGAGAUGGUGCCAGUCCCAUCACGGGCACCAUGGAAGCGCUAUGGGCAUGUGGGACAUGAGUGUCCUUCCAUCCAAGUCACAAAACUUGCUUCCCUAGUUUUGAAACCCUGCUGUCUGAAUGGCAUUUGUUCACUGAAGACCUCCUUCAAGGACAGCUGAAAGGGGUGGGAGGCAACUGGGGCUCCAGGGAUGCAGGAGACCAUUGGGUCAUCUUCAGGGAUGCGGGGGCCAUCAGUUGUCUUCAGGGCAGGCUGUCUAGGCAGGUUCUUGCCAGGCUCUUGCCAGGAUGUUGUUGCCCGUGGCUUGUGCUGACUGUGUGCAGCCAGCACUGGGGCAUGCCUGUCCCCAGCCCUCUAGAAGAGUCAGCGUGGGUUCUCUCCCUACCCCCAACUCCCAGCUGUACUUGGGGACUUGGAUCCUUCCUGCUAGCUCGGAUUCUGGCCUGUGCCAGGUCAUCAUCUCCUGGGUCAUCAUCUCCUGGGUCACCAUCCUGGCAUGAGCCCAUCUCAGGAGGAGCACGUGCGGGCAGGCUUCUCCACUGUCCUUGCUGUCGGUGUCAUAUAUUGUUAUCAAUCGUGGUGAUUUUUUAAAGCACUGUUAACAUAUUGAGAUGAGCUGGGCACGUAUCACUGCUCAGUGUGUUGUUUUUCUCCACUCUCCUUGGCUUCCUAGUUUGGACAUAUUCCAGGCCAAAUGCUUUUUACUCAAACCACAGAAGGGCUUCAGUGGUGUGCAUGUCCUGCAUGUAUGUGAGCAGCCUGAGGAGGGCAAGUCUGACUUCCUCCUCAGCUCCAAGCUGCCCUUUCUGAGGCUCCACAUAGUCUCCACGGCCAGAGCUCAUGUGCGAUCACUCUCCCAAGACCUCCCACAGUCAGGAACAGGCUCUGCAGGGUGCUUGGGGGGGCUGUCCACUGAGGGGGUUCCAGCAGCAAGGGGGCAUGACUUUCACUGUGAACCCUGUUUCUGGCUAUGUGACUUGGCUGGAGUUGGGAGUUUUCCCAUCUCACCAUGGGAAAACCUCGACUUAACAAAGCCGAGUGGUGCCACUUUGUGUGGUGCCGGUGGUUCCCUUGUUGGACGCUUCAAGGAACAGUCCUCACUACUCAUAUCACCCUUGCAGGGAGCUCCAGCCCCUUUCCAAGUGGGAAGGGAAGGCAGAAAGAUGCAUGCGAGAAGGCAGGGAUCAACCCUGGAGCAUCUCUGGGGGAGGUGUCCGUCACAUUAAAGAAACUCGCAGCCGGGCUCGGUGGCUCAGCCUGUAAUCCCGCGCCUUUGG